AUGGGUUACGAUCGUCAAACAUCUCCAUUUGUCACCCGACUUUUAUUAACAGUUUAUUGUUUAUUUUUAUUAGUGAAUGUAUUACUUUAUGCAAAUAAUGUUCAUCGUUUACGAAAAGAAAAAUAUAAUUUUGAAUGUGAAUAUGAAAUUGUAUUUUUAGGUAUUGUAAGUAUAUUAAUAUUUUCAAUAAAUUUUUAUGGAAUAUGGUUUGCAAGAAUAAUUAUACUUUGUUUUAUGAUAUUUUUAUUUUCAAUGUUAUUGGGUACAACAAUAAUAUCACUUCUUUUAAUAAUAACAAAUGUUUUACCAAUUGAUUCACAAAUAUUUUUAUCAUUAAAAACUUCAAUUUAUUUUCAACAUAAUUAUAUUUGGUUAAUAAUAACACCAAGUCAUUUAUUAUAUAAAAUUAGUUUACCAAUAAGUUGUUUAUUAAAUAUAUUUGCUUUAUGUGGAACAUGUCAUUUAUGUUCAUGUAUUGAACAUCGACAACAAUCUUGGCCUUAUAGAAAAAGAUCACAACAUUCAUCUCAUACAACUAUUUAA